AUGAAGAAUACCGUGCUUCGAAUAAAAGCCGAUUUGGAAAACGUUAAAAAAUUAUACUGUGAUAAUGACUUUCUGUGGGCCUUUAACAUUAAAGACAGCACAUCUUCUCUAACGAGAGAAAAUAUACAAUUCAGAAAAACAGAUAUUCUGGAAAUUCCAAACAGUAGGGGAACUGCAAAUUUCAUGGUGAAAUGGACUGAGUACCCGAAAUAUUCCACAAUAAACUUCGUAAAUACAAAAAACAGCUGUUCCUAUGACAGUACAGCAGACAAUGACUGGCAGGAUUUUGCCGCAUUUGAGUGCAGGGGGAUCGAACUUGUGGAAUUCCUACCUCAUGGCAAUUUCAUCGUUGAAGACACAAAAGGAAAAAUUUAUUACGACGUAAAUUUGUCGGAUUUAAACUGGUGUGACUAUAACCAGGAUCACGAAAUGUGUGUGGGAAUUUACAACGUUGAGCAUGAGAUUUGUUAA